UAUUAAUGGGGAGAGCUCCUUGCUGUGACAAAGCAAACGUGAAGAAAGGGCCAUGGUCGCCUGAAGAAGAUUCCAAGCUCAAAUCCUACAUCGACAAACACGGCACCGGCGGAAACUGGAUCUCUUUGCCUCUAAAGAUCGGGCUAAAGAGAUGCGGGAAAAGCUGCCGCCUGAGAUGGCUGAACUAUCUCCGCCCCAACCUCAAACAUGGUGGUUUCUCUGAAGAUGAAGACAACAUCAUUUGCAGCCUUUACAUAAGCAUCGGUAGCAGGUGGUCUAUAAUUGCAGCCCAGCUCCCUGGGAGAACUGAUAAUGAUAUAAAGAACUAUUGGAACACAAGGCUUAAGAAAAAACUCCUCGGAAAACAACGCAAGGAUAAGUUACACGAUGCGAGAAGGAGGAGUACUGCAAGAGGAGGAAAGCACAAUUACCACUCCGGCCAAACUCCGGUUGCCGCCUACGAGCCGCCGCCGCCAGCUGCUCAACUUCCUCCUCAUGAUGUACUGCUUCCACCUAUACCCUACUCGGACCAAGAGCCUCGUUUUAACAACGAGCACUCUAACAUCCGAAAGCUACUCGUUAAACUCGGAGGAAGAUUCUCGAAUGGCAGUAAUCAAAAUAAUGUUAUUGAUGAUGGUGAAGAGCUCAAAUUUCAUUAUUAUCCCGCCAUAGAUGAAUCACUACUCAUUCCACCGGUUAAUUACGAUUAUUCCAUACCUAAUUCCUCUUCUCAAAUUCCUUUGCUUGAUUCAACAUGUCAAGAUGUUCCUUGUUUGCCAAAUAAUGAACCCCUUUUCGAUAUGAGUACUUUGUUGAACGGGCCGGGCUUUAGCUUGCCGGCUGAAAUUGAACGCGUUGUGUAUGAAAAUCAAGACAAGUUACAAGGGCUGGAGUUCUUUUACGAUGAUAUUGUUAACGGUACUAAUUAUACUACUGCAAGCAUGGAAUGGGGUGAGAUGAACUCAUUGGUUUUUGGAGCUGCUACUUCAAAUAGUUUUGGUAUCGAUCAAAAGACGACGAGGUACCCCGGAACUCAAUAA